CCCUGCAGUUCCGGCUCUGCGGAUUCAGUGCUCACGUUUCUUUUUCCCUUGGGUCUUGCUGCCUUUUGUUACCCCCCUGCAGCGACCCUCGAGGCAGCUCUACCAGCAGACAGCUUAAGUUGAUUUUCUGCUUGUGUUAGUACGCGGUGGGCCCCAUCGGCCUUUAACGAAAGUGCGGCUGCGAACGAGCGGGCGGGCGCGGGGCUCGGGGGAGGCGCGCUCCGGCUCACCGAGGCGACGAUUACGACGACCAGGCAAGUGGACGGAGGCAUCUCCUGAAAAAGCGGCGGAUCCCAUGCCCCGGGACGGCGGGCGGGCCCGGAGAGACAAGUCCGGGGCCCGGGGCAUGUCCCCGGGGCCCCCGUGAGGAGGUGGCGGCGGCGGCGGCGAUGGAGAUCCCGCCGCAGGAGGCGCCGCCCGGGCAGGGCGCGGACGGCGACGCCGAGGAGGCCCCCGCUGAGGCCCAGUCUCCCAGUCCCGCAUCGCCCCCGGCCGACGGGCGCCUCAAGGCUGCGGCCAAGCGCGUCACGUUCCCCUCGGACGAGGAUAUCGUGUCCGGAGCAGUGGAACCCAAAGACCCUUGGAGACACGCCCAGAACGUGACCGUGGACGAGGUCAUCGGUGCCUACAAGCAGGCCUGCCAGAAGCUGAACUGCAGACAGAUCCCCAAGCUCCUCAAGCAGCUCCAGGAGUUCACGGACCUCGGGCACCGUAUCGACUGCCUGGACCUGAAAGGGGAAAAGCUGGACUACCGGGCCUGCGAGGCCCUGGAAGAGGUCUUCAAGCGGCUGCAGUUCAAGGUCGUGGAUCUGGAGCAGACGAACCUGGACGAAGAUGUGAGCAGCCUCUGCCACUGCCCUUGCCUGCCUCCUGAGCCCCCUGGCUCCUUAGAGGGCGCCUCAGCCCUCUUUGACAUGAUCGAGUACUACGAGUCCGCCACCCACCUCAACAUCUCCUUCAACAAGCACAUCGGCACCCGGGGCUGGCAGGCCGCUGCCCACAUGAUGCGCAAGACCAGCUGCCUGCAGUACCUGGACGCCCGCAACACGCCCCUGCUGGACCACUCGGCGCCCUUCGUGGCCCGCGCCCUGCGCAUCCGCAGCAGCCUGGCCGUGUUGCACCUGGAGAACGCCAGCCUGUCGGGGCGGCCCCUCAUGCUGCUCGCCACGGCCCUGAAGAUGAACAUGAACCUCCGGGAGCUGUACCUGGCUGACAACAAGCUCAACGGCCUGCAGGACUCGGCCCAGCUGGGCAACCUGCUCAAGUUCAACUGCUCCCUGCAGAUCCUGGACCUCCGGAACAACCACGUGCUGGACUCCGGUCUGGCCUACAUCUGCGAGGGCCUCAAGGAGCAGAGGAAGGGGCUGGUGACCUUGGUGCUGUGGAACAACCAGCUCACGCACACGGGCACGGCCUUUCUGGGCAUGACGCUGCCGCACACACAGAGCCUGGAGACGCUGAACCUGGGCCACAACCCCAUCGGGAACGAGGGCGUGCGCAACCUCAAAAACGGUCUCAUCGGCAACCGCAGCGUGCUGCGCCUCGGCCUGGCCUCUACCAAGCUCACCUGCGAGGGCGCGGUGGCAGUGGCGGAGUUCAUCGCCGAGAGCCCCCGCCUCCUGAGACUGGACCUUCGGGAGAACGAGAUCAAGACGGGCGGGCUCAUGGCGCUGUCGUUGGCCCUCAAGGUGAACCACUCCCUGCUGCGCCUGGACCUGGACCGUGAGCCCAAGAAGGAGGCGGUGAAGAGCUUCAUCGAGACGCAGAAGGCGCUGCUCGCCGAGAUCCAGAACGGCUGCAAGCGCAACUUCGUGCUGGCCCGGGAGCAGGAGGAGAAGGAGCAGCGGCUGCAGCUGUCGGCCUCCAUGCCAGAGAUCACGGUCACCGGGCCGCAGCCCGACGAGGAGCCCGGCGACGAGCCCGCCACUGAGGUGCAGGAGAACGGGGCUCCAGCCCCGGGGCCUGGCCUGGACUCCGACUCUGACUCCGACUCAGAGGGCGACGAGGACGAGGAGGAGGAAGAUGGGGAGAGGGCCGAGGCCCCCUGCCCCGCCCCGGGGCCCCCCACGGACUCCCCGGGCUCUGGGGACCCGAGCCCCCCAGGCAGCCCUUCCCCCCCUGCUGAGCAGCGUAUUUCUGUGUCCAGCCCAGGCCGAGGCCACAAGGUGUUUGUGGUGACUCGGGUGGAGAGUCCACCCGAGAGAGCAGAGCCCCCCGUGCCGGCCUCUUCCACUCGUUCUCCUGCCCCACCAGCCUUACCCUCCCCACCCACCUCACCUGCCCUACCGCCAACUGAGGCCAUCAGCACUCGGGAUGCAGGGUCAUCUGAGCCUCAGCCACAGCCAGAGCCGCCUCAGGCAGGGUUACCGCUGCCCAACGGCCUGAAGCCGGAGUUCGCCCUCGCACUGCCCCCCGAGCCGCCCCCGGGGCCCGAGGCCAAGGCGGGCAGCUGUGGCCUGGAGCACGAACUGAGCUGCUCCAAGAACGAGAAGGAGCUUGAGGAGCUGCUCCUGGAAGCCAGUCAGGAACCUGGGCAGGAGACACUGUGACACUUUAGUUCCUUUUUCCCCCGUCGGUCUUCAAUUGAAUGGAGGCCAGAGCCAUGAGAAUCUGCUCACCCUCACCCCCAGCCUUCCUGAGGCCUGGGGCCCCAGGGGUGGGGCCCCUUCUGGGGACCCCCACCCCUCACAGCUACACUACACGGGAGCAGGAGCUACCAGGAGCGGCCCCCCCCAGCCUGACUUCAGCACUUGUAUCUGUGUGUCCAGCCCCUAGACUCUGGGCCAGAGUGGACGGGAGGGGGCGGAGUCUCUGAGGCCCCGCCCCCAAGACACCCCACCACCACUUUCCUGGAGGGGCGCGCUUUCUUGGGGGCGGUGCACUGGGCCAGCUUUCCCUGUGGAGCCCUUGGUGGCCGUGUGGCACCCCCGGCCCCGUGGUCUGGGCACAGACGAGGCAGGAGGCGUGGCACGGGAGGGGCGGUGCCCGGCGGCAGUGGCGCCGGCGGUGGUGGUGGUGGUGGUUGAACUUGGUGGAGCAGCCCCAGACAGGGUGAGGGCCGGUGCGGGUGGGGGAUGGGAGCAGAGAAUCAGAGCUUUCUUCUUCUUAAGUGCAAUAAAUCUAUCAGGGAGCUGCGUGGGGAGCAGCCAGGGCUCUGGAGACCCUGCUGUCCAGGCCACUGGAAGCUGCCCCCUGAGAGGCACUACAGCCCGGGGAGGUGGGGUGAGGGCGGGCAGAGGGCGGGGACGGGCCACUCCUGUCGGUGCAACUCUGUUCACA